GCGAAGCAGCAGCAAAGAAAAAAUAGUCAAGCAGGCAAAUUAUCCUACAGAAAGCAGCGGCAACGGAAUCGGAAAAGUGCAUCCAGCCAGUCGGUUAAUGUGCACGUCACUUGCGACGGUAACGACAACAAUCACCACCACCACCAGUGAGAAACGCAUGCAAGUGGCGACGCACACAAGUGUUUCUAGCCUGCCGCAUGUUCGACAUCGUGUGACGCCCCUUGGCACAUCGCAAAACAGCACAAAAUGAGGAUCCUCAAGCAUUGGCCUCGCAGACGCAGUGGCUCCAGCAUCGUGGUGCUGGGCGGUGAUGACACCCUGAAACCCUCCAUACCUAUUGAUGACUAUCAGGAGGACUUGGAAAUGUACAAUAUGUUAGCGGCAAACCAGGACAAUGGACCACACCGGGAAAUGGCUGUCGAUGUACCUGAAUCGUUCAUAGCCAGAAACAAAACGCCUCCGCGCUAUCCACCGCCACGCAGUACGGCGCUUAAUGGUUCGACGAAACCGGUGCCGCCGCCCCGGGAUCAUCUGCGGAUAGAGAAGGACGGCCGGCUCACCAAUCGCGCACCAGUACCAGCUCCACAAGUGCCAGAUCGUAAGAUUGUGCCGAUCGCAUCACAGCACCAACAUAUUGGUCAGGUCCUGGAACCGACAUCGGAGCAGUUAGAUAGCAUUAAGAAGUUCCAGGAGCAACUACGACGGCGAAGAGAGGACGAGGAACGGAUAGCAGCUCAGAAUGACUUCCUGCGCAACAGUCUGCGUGGUUCCCAGCGGCUUCGUGCUCUGCAGGACAAUCCGAUCGAAAAACCACCGGUCGGUGUUGACAACGAGGCGUACGCAGAUGAUGAGGUGGUGGAGAAGAUUAUCGGGUACAGUGAGCUAGUGGCGGCACUGCAGCGGCUGCAGGGACACCUGAACAAGCACGGUCUGGCGGCACUCGCUGGCAGAGUGACGGCGGCACAAAGUUUACUGCUCGGUCCUGGCAUUGCCCGUGCACUGGCCGUCCGAACGGCGGUCCUGGAGCGGCGGCGCCCGAAAGUGCCCAACCCGAUCUGCCCGAAUGCUCAAGCGCUAGCCAAGGACUGCGUCGAAUCGUUGGCCCAGUCCGGCUCACCAACCGCAAUAGAACUGUGUGAUCUGCUGUCCACGUACGAGAUGGAGGGUCUGUUGCUGGCACACGACAGAAUCGCAUCGACCACGGAUCGUUCGCCGAUUGCCUCGUACGGUGGUAGCCCGGUCACCGUCGCCAUGCCAUCGCUCAGCAACAACAUCAACAAUAACACCUUGACCAGUGCGGUGAAACCGGCCACUGUCAUGCCAUCAAUUCCAAAUAACGCUAGUUUAGUGAACAAUAACAAUAACAAUAUCGCUAAGAGGGAACCAAUCAGUGUGCCUCUCGGUGUGCUGCGUGACGGUAGCCAGGAUCACAUCAAAAUCAUCCAGAUAGAGAAGUCAUCCGAACCGCUUGGUGCCACCAUCAGGAACGAGGGCGAAGCGGUCGUGAUUGGGCGCGUGGUGCGUGGUGGUGCCGCCGAAAAGUCCGGUCUGCUGCACGAAGGUGACGAAAUUCUCGAGGUGAACGGUAUCGAAAUGCGUGGCAAAUCGGUGAACGAUGUGUGCGCAUUGCUCGGUUCGAUGACCGGUACGCUUACGUUCCUGGUAGUGCCGGCCGGUGUGCCCCAGAUACUGCCCGGGCUGGGCAUGCGGGAUCCACCGGUGCUGCACGUCCGAGCCCACUUCGAUUACGAUCCCGAGGAUGAUCUGUACAUACCGUGCCGGGAGUUGGGCAUCAGCUUCCAGAAGGGUGACGUACUGCACGUGAUUUCCCGUGACGAUCCGAACUGGUGGCAGGCGUACCGGGAGGGCGAGGAAGAUCAAACGCUGGCCGGGUUGAUACCGAGCCAAUCGUUCCAGCAUCAGCGCGAAUCGAUGAAGCUUGCCAUUGCCGGUGAGGUGGGGCUGAGGACGCGCAAAGAUAUAAACGGCAAAGCGGGUGGCGGUUCAACGUUACUGUGCGCACGGAAGGGUCGCAAGAAGAAGAAGAAGGCGAGCAGUGAACAUGGCUACCCGCUGUACGCGACGGCAACAGCCGACGAUCCGGAUCCGGAGGAAAUUCUUACGUACGAGGAGGUGGCACUGUAUUACCCGAGAGCCUCCCAUAAGCGACCGAUAGUGCUGAUCGGACCACCGAACAUUGGACGGCAUGAACUGCGGCAACGGCUAAUGGCAGAUUCGGAGCGAUUUGCAGCGGCUAUUCCUCAUACGUCACGUGCCCAGCGGGAAGGAGAGGUUCCGGGACAGGAUUAUCACUUCAUCUCACGGCAACAGUUCGAAUCGGACAUUUUGGCCCGAAAGUUCGUCGAGCACGGUGAAUAUGAGAAGGCUUAUUACGGCACAUCCCUCGAAGCUAUCCGAGCAGUGGUCGCUAGUGGCAAGAUAUGUGUGCUCAAUUUGCACCCCCAGAGCUUGAAGUUGCUUCGAUCGUCCGAUCUGAAACCGUACACGGUAUUAGUGGCACCACCAAGUUUGGAAAAGUUGCGCCAAAAGCGAAUACGAACUGGCGAACCGUACAAGGAAGAGGAAUUAAAAGAGAUCAUAGCGACCGCGCGCGACAUGGAGGCCCGCUGGGGGCAUCUGUUCGACAUGAUCAUCAUUAAUAACGAUACCGAGCGGGCUUAUCACCAGCUGCUGGCGGAGAUCAAUUCACUAGAACGGGAACCACAGUGGGUUCCGAGCAGUUGGCUGCACAACUAGUAACGUCUGGGGGGUAGCUGGACUGGAUUGAGCUAGCUGGGCUAGCUGGCUGAUGUUAGUGGAGCAAAACAUGAUACAUGUCCGAAGAACACUAGUAGACGGGAUGCAGUAGUCUAAGCCAGAGAAGCACGUAGUAGAACAGUUGAAAGUAUUCAAAAUUUAAGCAAACCUGUUGAACAAAAUGGAACGGAAAGCGUAGGCCACCAUAUGUCGGUGCAGCCGGAGCGAAUCACACCUAGCCCUAGAGACGUGACCUAUAACCACCACCCAAAAAAAAAAACAACAACUCAAUAGAUUCUUAUUAUACAUAUGCAUAUAGAUACAUAUACAUAUAUGAUAAUACUAUACUUUAUCGAACUUGUUACGUUUAUUUUUCGCUGUGCGCUCGUAAAUGCACAUUAAAGCAUACACUUACACAAGACACACUCACACGUUACACGGUUCAUAAGGGAAUUUCGCUACGCCCUUCGCUGGGUAGCUAAAGGCCGCUAACAAUGUAGUACUACUUUUCAUAAUUUUGUUUGUACUUUUACCUAGGAACCAAUUGUGUACGCGUGUACGUGCAAUCGGAACGGGUCGGGGAAGCGGAAAACACGGAAUCUAAGAUUGAGUAGAGUGUGUGUAUGGGGGGAUUUUGUGGUGGUUUGUUAUACUUUAGUGAUCUUUUUUUUGCUAGGGUCAGUGGUACCACUCGUUCUUUCGUAGGUACUUUUUCCCUUUUAAUAGUAGUAAUCGUACGUUUUGUUUUAGAAUAAUGAAUGUUUUAUUUAUCUAGAGUUUUAUGUGGCAGUAUAGGAGAUGAGCGAGCAACGGUGUCUGUGUGUGUAUGAGGAUUGUAGUCUAUGCGUUUAGGGAAGCGAUAGAGGAUGUGCAGCAGGAAUGCAUUAAGGAGCACGAGUAAACCCGAGUACACAAUAAAAAAGCAAUUUCUAAAUGUCGUAACAAUACUAUCAGCGUAGUUGUGGUGGGAAAUUGGGGACAUUAGGAACAAAACGGAAAGGAUAAAACUCAAUAAAGACCCCCCCGAAUAUAGUAGAAAACUCAAAGCAAACCAAUGUAUUGUAGUUACGGAAAUAAAGAACCCAAAACAACCCAACAACAAGGUACGUAGAGCACAUAAUAUAUGCAUGAGAAGCAGAAAUGGUUUUGUGGGAAGGAAAAUACAGACAAAACCCAUACGGAUAACUUAAAUAAUCAGCAGCAAACAACCCGCCCACCCCUUUGGUGUGAGAGAAAGUGGACGUUUAGGUACACAUGGAUAGUGAUUCAAAAAUUUACACGAAAACAAAUCAAAAUAAUUAUAAAGCUGCAGCCGAUGCUCGAGUGGCUCGUUUCCUAGGAACAUUAUUCGUGGGAAAUCCUACUUCUAGAGACAGAACAAAUAAAUGCAAAGAAAACGUGUGUAGUACCAGGCAUAUGUACUAUCUUAAGUAAUUUGUUCCAGCUCACACCUCUGAGCCACCCGAUCACCUGAGGGAUUUUUUUAGUUUGGAAAGACGAAACAAAUACAUUCCCCCGUCCGGCUAUCGACAAAAAGGGCAUAUUUCGAUUCAAUGUUAUAGGUUAGGCAUUUAGAUCAGUUUUUAACACAUGAUUCGCAGCACAACCAUUUUGGACGGACUGUACGUGAUCAUUAAUGAAAAGAAAGUGGUACAACAUUUGCAAAGGACAUCCUCCCUAUAGCCUACGGCGCCAUACAAUUCGGCCAAGUCGAGCACUUACAAGAAUUGGUAUCAUAACACCACAACCCUAUUUGUCUUCUGGCGUGACUAGUUCGCCCGUAUUUAUAACCAUUUCUCGUCUCUCCAAACAUAUGAACUGAGAUGUUUGGAGCAGCGAACACAGCUUGAACGAGGAUUGCUAAGGGAACUAAUGGCUACUCAGAAACAAACAGAAUCCCACACAAAGGUAAUGUUCGAAGAAGAGACUCACUAAACUUACCAAUUUAUCUUAAGUAUCAUCAGUUCGUGGAACCAGGAAGUAGACGAGAAGAACUAUUUUGAACGAUACAAAUAUUUUUCUACGGUAGUGGAAGCGUUCGAGGUUAUGUUUGCCCGAGCUGUUUUACUUCAUUUUCCCGCGUCUACUAUUUUGAUAAGUAGUAUUUUUUACAAUACAAUUGAUAUGCAACAGAAUGAUCGUACGGGAUGGUGGUAGCGAUCCAUAAAAAAUUGCAUCUAAUUCUACUCGUAGCUACGUACUGACGGAUGAUAUUAGGUGAAUA